AACCGGUCCCUUCUGUAACUUUCCUCUUUUUUCCCUCUUCUUUCUCCUUUCUUCUCCGAGCCGUACCUUUCGAAGAGAUCUGCGCACGCCGCCCUUAGCGCAUUGCACGGUCUCCUCAUCUUCUUCGGAGGAUUCCGACCGGCCUUGUGCUCCGGCGAACGCCGAGGUUCAGUCAUGCGAGAUCUGCGCCUCCACUGUUGCUCCUCCCUGCAUAUUGUCCAGUUCGAUUGGUCUUAGGGUGUCUGGAGCGCAUAUAGUGAAGCAUUCUAGAAGUGUUUUUUAUUGAUAUGAAUGAUACUGUAAUGCGUUUCUGCUGUUUGAGCUCGCUGCUUUGGGUGGGGAGUGUGGGGUUAUGUUGCCCAAUUGGCUCUGCAAUUGCUUUGAUAUGAUUUGAUUUGAUUUCUUCCUGAUCAACUUGUUGAGAUUUGUUGUUUGUUGAAUUGGGUAAUUGGAAGUGGGAGUUCAUUUGAUUUCAUCAAUGAGGGUUUGUUCGUCUGGGUUUAAUCCUCAGACCGAGGAAGUUCCGGUGGAUAGAGAUAAAUGCUUGAAUUCGGAGCUGUGGCACGCCUGUGCUGGCCCGCUUGUCUCUCUUCCACAAGCUGGAAGUCGGGUCGUGUAUUUUCCUCAAGGCCAUAGUGAGCAGGUUGCUGCAUCUACAAACAAGGGAGUCGAUGUUCAUAUUCCCAAUUAUCCUGGUUUACCACCACAACUUAUUUGUCAACUUCACAAUGUGACAAUGCAUGCAGAUGUUGAGACUGAUGAAGUAUAUGCACAGAUGACAUUGCAGCCAUUGAGCCCACAAGAACAGAAGGACGUAAGCCUGUUCCCAGUUGAACUUGGGGUGCCAAGUAAACAGCCGACAAACUAUUUCUGUAAGAUAUUGACGGCAAGUGACACAAGUACUCACGGGGGAUUCUCUGUUCCCAGACGGGCAGCUGAAAAAGUCUUCCCUCCUCUUGAUUAUUCCCAGCAACCUCCUGCUCAAGAGUUGAUUGCCAAAGAUCUACAUGGCAAUGAGUGGAAAUUCAGGCAUAUCUUUCGAGGACAACCAAAGAGGCAUCUCUUGACGACAGGAUGGAGUGUAUUUGUAAGUGCAAAGAGACUUGUGGCUGGGGAUUCUGUCAUAUUUAUAUGGAGCGAAAAUAAUAAGAUGUUUUUGGGAAUUCGACGUGCCCCUCGUCCACAAACUGUCAUGCCUUCCUCUGUUUUAUCCAGUGACAGCAUGCACAUUGGUCUUCUUGCAGCAGCAGCUCACGCCGCUGCGACAAAUAGCCCUUUCAAUAUAUUUUACAAUCCAAGGGCCAGUCCAUCAGAUUAUAUCAUACCCCUAGCCAGGUAUGCCAAAGCAGUGUAUCAUCCUCAGGUUUCUGUCGGUAUGCGGUUUCGGAUGCUAUUCGAAACAGAAGAAUCAAGUGUCCGUAGGUAUAUGGGUACCAUUACUGGUAUUAGUGAUUUAGAUCCUGUUCGCUGGCCAAAUUCACAUUGGCGAUCUGUCAAGGUAGGAUGGGAUGAAUCCACAGCAGGGGAGAGGCAACCUAGAGUUUCAUUGUGGGAAAUUGAACCAAUUAACACUUUCCCUAUGCAUUUGAGUCCUUUCUCUGUUGGACUAAAGCGACCAUGGCCAUCUGGACUACCUUAUUUCCCAGGUCUUAACAAUGGUUCUAUGAAUAUAACCCCUCCACUUUCAUGGCUGUGUCGAGAAAUGGGAGAUCCAAGGAGUCAGUCAGUAAAUUUUCCGGGAUUUGGCAUUACACCAUUUAUGCAAGGGCCUAUUGAUGCUUCCAUGAUCGGUUUACAACCGAAUAUCCCGCAAACAAUAGCAUCAUUAGAUCCUUCCAAGCUUGGAAGUCUCUCGCAUCUCCAGUUUCAACAAAGUAACCCUGCUACUUCUCCAUAUCCAGUUCACAUCUUGCAACAUCUCCAUGCUCAACAGAAUUUUCUUCACGGCUUUAAAGAAAAUAGUAAAGUGAUGUCUCAACCUCAAGUUCUACCGCAGCAAUUGCAGUAUCUAUCUUUCAGUGACCAACUGUUGCAAGACCAACAAGAAUACACAAAGCCCAUCACUAGUCAACAAAUGGAUCCGGUAACUCAGGCCCAGUUUUCACACAUGCAGGCCAUAACUUCAGGACAGAGCUUUCCUGAUGUGGUUGAAAACCAUGUUUCUACCUAUAGUGGUUGUUCUGUGCAAAGUCUUCUUGGUUCAUUUAACAUGUCUGGAUCAUACCCUUUGCUCUUCCCUCCACCAUCAAAGCGAAUGGCAUUUGAAUCUCAAGUCUCUAAUGGAGUUUCUCAAUAUGUAAAUUCACAGUCAAGAGAUUUGCCCCAACCCUCUUCUGAAGUCUCUGAUCUUUCCACGUUUUUCCCAUCCGCACCUAGCGGUAAAGAUUUCCCAGAAUACCAAACGGUGACAAAUGACCAGAGCAAUGAACUGUUUGGGUAUAAUAUGGACCCAUCAAAUGUAUUGCAAAGCGGGGCUUCAACUCUCAAUAGUAGCAGUUGUGAGGAUGGAUCUUUGGACAUGCCAUUUUCAAGCUCUACUUUAUGUAGAAGUGUUGUAGAGAAUGAUCGUCCCGUCAACUCUUCCGACAUGACCUCAUCAAGUUGUGUAGAUGAAUCAGGUUUCUUGCAAACCUCGGAAAAUGAAGACCAAGAAAACCCACGUACCGGAACCUUUGUGAAGGUUCAUAAGUCUGGGUCCUGUGGGCGGUCACUUGAUAUCUCAAAGUUUAGCAGUUACCAUGAACUGAGAAGUGAGCUUGCUCGUAUGUUUGGCCUUGAAGGCCUAUUGGAGGACCCAGAGAGAUCAGGCUGGCAGCUUGUAUUUGUUGACCGAGAGAAUGAUGUACUUCUCAUCGGCGACGACCCUUGGCAGGAAUUCGUAAACAGCGUUUGGUAUAUCAAAAUAUUAUCUCCCCUUGACGUGCAGCAGAUAGUCAAUGAGAGCCUCAAUCAUCCAAAACCAGACGAGGUUGAUCAGAUGCUGCCUUCAAGUGGUGACAACUGUGAUGAUUAUGUGAGCAGCUGCAAAGAUACUAAAAAUACCAAUCUGAUUGGAAGACCUUUGCCUUUGGGAUCUCUCAACUACUUCUGAAAAAUUAACUAAAUGCUCAUCUUCCUUCCCAGUGCUCUCUUCUUGCAAACAGGAUGAUGAAGUGAUGAUAAUGUGGCAAGUGCUCUGUGCUGUGAAUCAGUCUACUCUAAACUUGAAAUGC